UUCGAUGGAGACCCAUCUUUUCUUGGCCUUCUUUUGUGCCGGGAUCUGUCUCUCAGUUCCCUUGGAGUUCUGUAUUGCAGCUGAUUCCAUAAGGAUGGACCAAUCCAUAAGCGAUAGUGAGACUUUAGUUUCCUCGGGCCAAAGCUUUGAACUAGGCUUCUUCUCUCCUGGAAGCUCCAAAAACAGGUACUUGGGAAUAUGGUACAAGAAUACACCCCAGACAGCUGUAUGGGUUGCAAACAGAAACAACCCAAUUGCAGAUUCUUACGGAGUUUUAACCAUCAUCAACAAUGGGGCACUUGUUCUUCUCAACCAGUCAAAGAGUGUAAUCUGGUCUCCCAAUUUGUCAAGGGUGCCAGAAAAUCCAGUUGCACAGCUCCUGGAGACUGGAAAUCUUGUUCUCAGGGACGGUAGUAAUGAAACUUCUAAAAGCUAUAUAUGGCAGAGCUUUGAUGAUCCAUCAGACACAAUGUUGCCAGGCAUGAAGGUGGGAUGGAACUUAAAGACUGGUCUACAACGAAAAUUGACAUCAUGGAAAAGUUCUGAUGACCCAUCCCUUGGAGACUUCUCCUACGGAUUUGAUAUUAAUGUGCUGCCUUACCUGGUUCUCGGUGUGGGAUCAAGCAAAAUAGUCCGUUCCGGGCCAUGGAAUGGACUUGAAUUCAAUGGUGUUUAUGUGUUGGACAACUCGGUUUACAAAGCAGUUUUUGUUGCCAACAACGAUGAGGUAUAUGCCCUCUAUGAGUCUAACAACAAUAAGAUCAUUUCAAGACUAACAUUGAACCAUUCAGGUUUCCUCCAGCGUCUGCUAUUAAAAAAAGGGAGCUCUGUAUGGGAUGAAUUGUACUCCAUUCCCAGUGAACUUUGUGAAAAUUAUGGCCAUUGUGGUGCUAAUGGUAUCUGCAGAAUUGGCAAGCUGCAGAUUUGUGAGUGUUUGACAGGUUUCACACCAAAAUCACAAGAAGAAUGGGACAUGUUUAAUACAUCAAGUGGAUGCACACGAAGAAUGCCUUUGGAUUGCCAAAUUGAAGAGGGAUUUGUAAAGGUUACAGGGGUGAAAUUGCCCGACUUGAUAGACUUUCAUGUGAUUAUGGGUGUGAGCCUUAGGGAGUGUAAGGUAUCGUGCUUGAACAACUGUUCUUGUACAGCAUAUGCCUACACAAAUCCUAAUGGAAGCGGUGGCUGUUUGAUGUGGUCUGGGGACCUGAUUGAUAUCAGAGAGUUAACUUCAGAAAAACAUGCAGAGGACAUCUAUAUCCGCAUGCACACUUCAGAGCUAGGGUUAAACACUAAUCAGAAGAAGAAAAAACUAGUGAUCAUCCUUGUUAUAUCUACCUUUUCUGGAAUCCUCACCUUGGGCUUGUCAUUCUGGUUUCGAUUUUGGAAGAAGAGAACAAUGGGAACAGACCAGGAAAGCAAGAAGGAGAACUUAGAGUUACCUUUGUUUGACUUGCCCACCAUUGCAACUGCUACUAACAACUUCUCUAACACCAACAAGAUUGGAGCAGGUGGCUUUGGGUCUGUGUACAAGGGCAAUCUACCAGAAGGAGUAGCAGUUGCAGUGAAGAGAUUGUCCAAGAAUUCAGCACAGGGUGUUCAAGAGUUCAAGAAUGAAGCUGUUUUGAUUGCAAAACUUCAGCACAAGAAUCUUGUCAGGCUUUUGGGCUGCUGCAUUCAAGGAGAAGAAAGAAUAUUACUCUACGAAUAUAUGCCCAACAAGAGCUUGGAUUAUUUUAUUUUCGAUCAAAACAGAAGAGCAUUAUUGGCAUGGGAUAAGCGUUGCGAGAUUGUUAUGGGGAUAGCACGAGGGCUUCUCUACCUCCAUCAAGACUCUAGAUUUCAAAUUAUUCACAGGGAUCUCAAGACAAGCAAUAUUUUACUGGAUGACAAUCUCAACCCUAAAAUUUCAGACUUUGGCUUGGCAAGAAUUUUUGGAGAGAAUGAAAUGGAAACGAGAACAAAGAGAAUUGUUGGGACUUAUGGCUAUAUGUCCCCGGAGUAUGUGAUUGAUGGGCACUUUUCUAUCAAAUUGGAUGUCUUUAGCUUUGGUGUUCUUUUACUAGAGAUUGUCAGUGGUGAAAAGAACAGAGGGUUCUCUCAUCCAGAUCACCACCAUAACCUUCUGGGACAUGCAUGGCUGCUGUGGGAACAAAACAGGGCCUUGGAAUUAAUGGAUGCAUGUUUGGAAGAUUCAUGUGUUGCAUCGCAAGUAUUACGAUGCAUACAAGUAGGUUUACUAUGUGUUCAAAACCUUCCAGCAGACAGACCAGCAAUGUCAUCAGUGAUUUUCAUGUUGGGUAACGAGGGAGCAACAUUGCCUCAACCUAAACAUCCUGGUUUCUUCACAGAAAGAUCUUCCGUGGAUACAGAUACAAUGUCAGGAAAGAUAGAGUUACAUUCAGAAAAUGCAGUAACCAUCUCAAUGCUAAAAGACACAAUGUUAGCAGGAAUGAAGAUAGGCAGGAACUUAAAGACUGGCUUAGAACGAUAUUUAAAAUCAUGGAAAAGUGCUGAUGUUCCAUCUAUCGGAGAUUUCACUUAUAGAAUUGAACAUUUGGUUGGUCACUGCCAUCUGCGGCAAAACACUCACAGUAGAGAAGCUAGACUCAGCUAUAAGUUUUCACGGGAACCAAACACCAAGAUCAUCGAGAAGAUGGACUUCCACCCUUUGCAGGUUUCACCACUGCCAAGGAAAGAUCAAGAUCUCCAAGAAUACAUCAACGUAGUACCAGAAGAAUAUGUGGCCAUUGAAGACCACUUGGAGAAUCCCAAUUUUCAACUUCACGUCCGUGAAAUCAUAAAGAGAAAGGUGGAAGAUGCGGAAGAAAAUCUCAAACCAUUUGCUAUCUGCUUUCUGAAAAUUGCUUCAAGGAUGGGGAACGACACCUUCUUGGUGCAUGGAUUCUUGAUGGAAGCCAAACUCGGAACUUGCAUAAGAAAGAUACUUCAAACGGAGCUUCAGAUUCCCAGAGGACUGAAAUGGCCAGUUCAAGAUGUUUCAAGCGAUGUGGGGUUGACCAUGUUGAGACCAUCCAAAAUACCAGCAUCACUACUUCUUGAUGCCCACCCCAAGAUGUCGCCCCUGCUGCAACCCUCUCAAUCCACUGGAGCAAUUCCUUCUUCUGGAUCCAUUCUCCAGCAACCAAAUGGGACAUGUCAGGACGGUGGACUUCAAUGCCUGGAGGAACUAGGGGCACAAUACACAGGGGAGGAGGUGAUGAGCUCAGAGGCUCCAAAGCCAGACUCUCCACAACCUAGUGGUCCACCGAGACUCACCCCACCGAGGGUAGGUAGGAUGAGGAAUGAACCAUAUCCUCAACCAUAUUCACCUAGACCAAACAGAAAGGCACCACCAAGCUCAGGCGGGGCAGCGGGUGAAGGAACAUCAGGCUCAGGGACACAGGGAGAGGGUACAGGACCAACAGACUCAGGGACACAGGAAGGGGGUGAAGGACCACCAGGCUCAGGCCCACCGGGUUCAACGGGCGAGGCGGUAGGCCCAAGCAAUGACCCAGAAACUCCAAAAGGGAAAUCAUCAAGGACUGAGGUUUCUUCACAAGGCAGAAUGGCUCACAGCGAUGCUAACAUGUUAAGUGAGAAAAUUUCUCCUUUUAUUUUCUUGCUGAUUUUCUCUUUCUUCUGCUUGCAGUUCUCCAUUUCUGUUGAUGCUGCCCCUGAUACGAUUUUUAGCGGACAAAUGCUCAGACAGACAGAUACCAUCAUAUCUGCAGGUGGGAACUUUGAAUUAGGCUUUUUCUCACCUGGAAACUCCCCAAGUUAUUUUGUGGGGAUAUGGUAUAAGAAAAUUUCAGAGCAAACGGUGGUAUGGGUUGCCAACAGAGAUUACACAAUAACUGGUUCCUCUCCUAGUCUUACCAUCAAUGACGAUGGCAACCUUGUGAUUUUGGAUGGCAGAGUCACAUACAUGGUGGCUAACAUUUCAUUGGGCCAGAAUGUCAGUGCCACACUGUUGGAUUCCGGCAAUCUUAUAUUGAGAAAUGGAAACUCAAAUAUCUUGUGGCAGAGCUUUGAUUAUCCCUCUAAUCAUUUCCUUCCAGGUAUGAAGAUUGGAUACAACAGAAAGACCGGAGAAGUUUGGUCAUUUACAUCCUGGAAAAAUGCAGAGGACCCAGGCCUAGGGCCUGUUUCCCUGAAAAUGGAUCCUGAAACACACCAAUUUGUCAUCAUGUGGAAUUCUCAAAUGGUUUGGAGUAGUGGGGUUUGGAAUGGGCAUGCUUUCAGUUCUGUUCCUGAAAUGAGAUUAGACUAUAUUUUCAAUUACAGCUACUUUGAAGACAUGAGUGAGGCAUACUUCACUUAUUCUUUGUAUGAUAAUUCUAUUAUAUCUAGAUUGCUUAUAGAUGUGUCUGGAAACAUCAAGCAGCUGACGUGGCUUGAUAGAUCGGGCUGGAAUCUGUUCUGGUCUCAACCACAAAAUUUUGAAUGCGAUUACUACUCUUAUUGUGGUUCUUUUAGCAGCUGCAAUAAUCAGACCACUCCUAUCUGUCAAUGCUUGUAUGGUUUUAGACCCAACUCUGCAGGAGAUUGGAUGAUGAAUCAAUUUAGAGAUGGAUGUGUGAGGAAAACCUCCUUGCAGUGUGAUGAUCUCACUUCUGUUAAUAGUGAGAAAGACAAGUUCCUCAAAAUGGCUAAUGUGAAGUUUCCUCAGAGCCCUCAGAUUUUGGAAACACAGUCUAUAGAAACAUGCAAAAUGACUUGCUUGAACAAGUGCUCUUGCAAUGCUUACGCUCAUAAUGGCAGCUGUUUAAUGUGGGAUCAAAUUCUAUUGAACUUGCAACAACUUUCAAAAAAGGAUCCUGAUGGAAGAACACUAUAUCUUAAACUUGCUGCAUCUGAGCUCCAAAAUUCCAGAGAAAGCAAAAUGCCACGGUGGGUUAUUGGGAUGGUGGUUGUUGCUGUACUGGUGCUUCUUUUGGCCUCCUACAUCUGUUACCGACAAAUGAAAAGAGUCCAAGACAGAGAGGAAAUGACAACAAGCCAGGAUAUAUUACUAUAUGAAUUUGGUAUGGGUUCAAAAGCUACUGAGAAUGAGCUCAAUGAGGGAAAUAGGGUUGGAAAAGACAAGAACAAGGAUGCUUGGUUGCCAUUGUUCAGCUUUGCAAGUGUAUCUGCAGCAACAGAGCACUUCUCAACUGAAAAUAAGCUAGGACAAGGUGGCUUUGGACCUGUUUACAAGGGUGAACUAUUUAAUGGACAAGAAAUAGCAGUAAAGAGGCUUUCAAGGAGCUCAGGGCAAGGGCUAGAAGAACUAAAAAAUGAAACAGUGCUUUUGGCUGAACUUCAACACAGGAACCUUGUUAGACUCUUAGGCUGCUGCAUAGAGCAAGGUGAAAAGAUAUUAAUCUAUGAGUACAUGCCCAACAAAAGCUUGGACUCGUUCCUUUUCGAUCCAAACAAAAGAGGCCAGUUAGAUUGGGCAAAGCGCGUCAGUAUUAUUGAAGGAAUUGCUCAAGGGCUUCUCUAUCUCCAUGAGUAUUCCAGAUUAAGGAUAAUUCACAGAGAUUUGAAGGCUAGUAAUAUCCUACUGGAUAAUGACAUGAACCCCAAAAUAUCUGAUUUUGGCAUGGCGAGAAUGUUUGGAGGAAACGAGUCAUAUGCAAACACAAAUCGAAUUGUUGGGACCUAUGGUUAUAUGUCCCCUGAGUAUGCUUUGGAAGGCCUUUUCUCCACAAAGUCUGACGUCUUUAGCUUCGGAGUCUUGAUGCUGGAGAUCCUGAGUGGCAAAAAGAAUACAGGCUUUUAUAAUAGUGACACUCUUAAUCUUAUUGGAUAUGCAUGGGAACUGUGGAAAAGCGAUAUGGCUAUAAAUUUGAUGGAUCCCAUGUUGGAAGGCCAGUCCUCUCAGUAUAUGCUGUUAAGGUACAUCAAUGUGGGACUCCUUUGUGUUGAAGAAAUUGCAGCUGAUAGACCAACCCUGUCGGAAGUAGUCUCAAUGCUUACCAAUGAACUUGCCGUUCUACCUUCUCCCAAGCACCCUGCUUUCUCAACUGUAAGGAGCAUGGAAAAUCCACGCUCAUCCAUGAGCAGGCCUGAAAUUUAUUCAGCAAAUGGUUUGAGUAUUUCAGUUAUGGAAGCUCGAUAGCUCUUCGGACCUCAAUGGCCUCAAUGUCUAAGUUUUAGUUCUUUAUAUUUCUUCCUAUAUACAGUUGUUUACAUAGUUGCCAUAUGCAUCUUUCACCACUUUAUAGUUUCUCCUUGGAUGUUCAGUAGGCAUUCUUUUUCUAGAUAAAGAAAGAGAUUUUGUUAUAUCAACAGUCAAAGAGUUAUUUAUCACAUUAUUGAGCAUAAUGAUACUACUUCUGUAGUGAUUUUUU